UGUCCCAAUAAAGAAUAAGCGGGCCUUCGUCAUUUUUUGCGCGCUUGAAUUUUUAAUAUUCGCCCGAAUGUCGUGAUGUACUGACGGUCGGUGUGCCAUAGUUUGCGGAGUGACUCUCAACUGUUCAAACAGUUCGUAUUUGGCGGGUUUUUUUUCUAAGUGUGCCUUCCCGGAAAGCUGACAUCUGUGCAUCGCGACGACAAAAAUGUUCCUCUAACAAAAAAAAUGGAUCCAUCGAAAAAAACAAAAACAUUUCAAUGACUGCUACCGAUUCUCUCAGGUGAAUAUUUUUUACGAUGGUAGAUACACAACAUUUCUGUCUGCGUUGGAACAAUUAUCAAAGCAGUAUCACAUCGGCUUUCGAGAACCUCCGUGAUGAUGAGGACUUUGUUGAUGUGACGUUAGCAUGUGACGGGAAGAGUUUGAAGGCACACCGAGUGGUCCUGUCUGCUUGCAGCCCUUACUUUCGAGAGUUACUUAAGUCUACGCCCUGCAAACACCCUGUGAUAGUGCUACAAGAUGUCGCGUGGACGGACCUCCACGCCCUGGUGGAGUUCAUCUACCACGGCGAAGUUAACGUACACCAGCGCUCCCUAUCCUCGUUCCUCAAGACGGCGGAAGUUCUCAGAGUCAGCGGACUCACACAACAGCACGGCGACGGCCGUGAUCAGUUGGCCCAAGUACAAAGUAUGGUUAGAUCUCAGCAGCAGCAGCAGCAGCAGCAGCAGCAGCAGCAGCAGCAACAACAGCAAUCAACGCCUUUGUCGAACCACCACCCCAGCUUCACCGAAAAGUUAGUAGAGGACGCCCUGUUCACGUCGCCGUCGUCGCCGCCGCACGGCGCGACGGUCAACCAGCUGCUGAGGCGGGCGGCCAUGCAGUACAGGCGGGAGCGGAGGAUAUCCUCGGACCCGGACAGCGAACACAAGAGGGCCAGAUCGGAACACAUCAUAGGAAACAACAACAAUAACGAAUUGAACUUGUCGCACACGCAGCCCCCGCAGACGCAGCCGGCGGACUUCUCUCCCAGCGCCAUGAAGAAUAGUGCACUUAAUCUUAAUCUGAAUUCCACGAUGAAGAGUGACCCAGAAGGUAACGGCAUCAGCAGUACAGAAAGGGAGAACUCGCCCUGCUCGCCAUCCCCCACGCUGCACUCUCGGUGUAACGAAAACAACGAGAGCAACGUUAAAAACGAACCAAUGGAGCUUAUAUGUAGUACAAAUCCAGAAGAGAACAGUAACGAGUCCACGGACGCAACAAAUGAUAACGGGCCUAACAACCUACCUCAGGGACCGCACUCGGGCAGUUCGGGGGGAGACCACGAGGACCACGACAGCACCAUAGGGCCGUACCUGACACCCUCGGAGAGCAAACUGUUCGCGACGGCCGCCGGCAGCUUCAAUUUCAGUAUGGCGGCCCUCGCCGCCGAUCCGACUGGUCUUGGAGGUCUGAAUCAAUCUCUGCAGGGAAGUGACAGCUUGGCAGGCACGUCGCAAGCGCGCCGCCUCAGUAUCCCCCUGCCGCUGAGUGCCAGCCACCGGUGCGACGUGUGUGGGAAGCUGCUUAGCACCAAGCUAACUCUGAAGCGCCACAAGGAACAGCAGCACCUCCAGCCGCUCAACAACGCUGUCUGUAGCCUGUGCCAGAAAGUGUUCCGGACUCUAAAUUCACUUAACAAUCACCGGAGUAUUUACCACAGGAGGCAGAAAUGAGACGGGAGACGUUGCCUUAAGCACCGCUCUUGCGUAGUAGUUCGGUGAACCACCACCACCCUGUUACGCCCCCGCUAACGAUGUGUCCGAGUUUCGUCAAGCAGUCGAAUCAUAAUGUUUAUAUUUAGACAGAUAUAUUGUAAUGUUUAUGGUACGUUGCAAAAAUAAUGGAGGCACGGCCGUCGGGGACUUUUACCUGGUUUUGGUGCUGACGCGAGUCGCGGGAGAUGUUGUGAUCGGGGAGGGGAAGCACAGCUUUUUAUCGAUGUCGUCAAAUAAUCGUGAAUGACACAGUUAUACUGUUGGUUGAAUUAGCCUUAAAUUUCAGGCGUACCAACAGCUCAAAGUGAGGUUACAACUAAUGCCUAGAGACAUUGAGUCCACUUUCCUUCGAGACAAGUUAAUCAAAUCUGAUCUAUCUCUAUGUCGACAGACAGGCGUUUACAUUGCGUUAGGUUAGGUUUCUUAUAAACACACGAGAAAAUCGUAAAAUUGAUUCCAUUCAAGUUACGUCUGGCCUGAGUCACAUAAGAAAGGCGCAUGCGGGAGCCUCGAAGCAAAGUGGAUCCAGUACCUCUAGACACUAGUGAGGUUAUGUUAUUUGUUUGUAUUCGAUCAGGUUCAGGGUGUAGUUUUGUGGAAGAUACAUGCACACUUACCUUCUCAACAGCAAAAUAUUAUGAAACAGAUGACAAAAGCUCCCUUUUCUUUUUGUUGCUGAACACUACACACUACACAAUGGGGUGGUUUCGUUCAACUGCAAAGGAAAGAGAUUAGUUAUUUUAAAUCGGUAACUUAUUUUAAUUUGAAAUUUUAUUUGAAGAAUAUGACGUCAUUUUGCGAAAAAUUUGGAAAAUCACUAAAUAUCUGUUGGGGUGGCAUAACUUAGCGAUAAGAUUCUAUAUAGUCAGUGGUUCCGCGUCCAUCGCUAGAGAUCGAGAUGCUAUCUCUCUCUCGCCGAACAUGAUUGACUCACAACUGGUUCCCUCUACAUAUACGUGACAGAGACAGCCAAUCACAUUCAGCAAGAGAGGGAUAGCAACCUAUAUAGCAGCUAUAUCUGCCUUGUAGCGUCCCAACCGUUGGUAGACUACCUCCAGUAGUAUAUGCUCGAAGCCUCCACUGGUACAGAAGCUUAUGAUAAAUUGAACCUUUUUGGCUAAUAUCCUUUAUUUUAAGAAAAUUCAAUUAAAAUCAAAACAUCAAAGAAUCGUCAAAUGUCAAAUUAAUAUGCUAAAUCGCCAUUUAACGACAAAAGGGUGGGAGUUACGCCUCUGUUGACGUCACUUUACUUUAUAUAGCCAGUUAAAUCCAUAUUAUUUUAACUAGUUGAAUUAACAUUUGAUAGGUGUGGCGAUAUUUGCCCAAAUAACAAAUUAACUAGCUGUUAGCUUUGUUAAUCUUUUAGUUUUCGCUCGAUAACGUCACGAUGCAUAUUUUAAUUUUUUCAUGUCUUAAAGGAGGUUAAAAUAAUAAACAAACUACGGUUCUCAUCUCUUUUAACCUGUUUUCAUUUUGUGAUAUACAUAAUGUAGUUAAAAAAUUUUAAAUACCCCAUUUUUAUUUGAUUAUUUAAAGUAAAUUAUAACUAGUCUCUUGUGCCAAAUGGAUCUAGUUAGGUUUUUCAGAAAUUAAAUAAAAAAUGUAAAGUAAAAAGCUUUUCAAAAUUUGAAUAUUCAUUAUAUUUAGUCGAACAUUUUGUCAAAUUAAUUGCGAACAAUUGGAUUUAUCUCAGAUAACAGAUUGGUCGCUUCUUUGCUAUGUUAUGCCUGAAAUUGGUGUAAACAUUAGAUAUACCAGACUAAAGAUUUCGUGUAGGGGGCAGCACAAUCUACGCCGCCAGAUCGAGUGCCACAAAAAGAGGCAAACUGUAACGUAAACUAUUAUAAUGGGGUAAUAAAAAUAACAAAGUAACAAAAAUCAGAUUUGUAUACGUCGAUUUUAACCGAAGUUCAAUAUUUGAAUAUAAAAUUAUUAGGUUCUGCUUGUUUUGAAGACUAGGAGAAAGAAAUCCAUUUUGCAAACGAGAAAAGUUGUGGUUUCCCCGAGAAAAUUUUUAAAAUUUAAACAGUAUUUGUAAGUAUUAACGUAACUUUUAGCACGAACGAAUAACUGAGGAUUGAAAGAUGAGAGAAUUAACAAACGAAAAAAAUAUCGCUGAAGUUAUUUUAUCGAAUUGGCUGUGAUUGGACUGGAACAAAAUUAAAAAAAAACGUACUGAAAUAUUUUUGUAACGCUGACUUUUUGUGGAUAGUUGUUGUACGGACACGAUAUAGGAUAAGCAAAGCGCGAACGUCGUUGAAAUAACCAGCCUCUCCAUUAUUUUUGUAGUUAGUUCAUAUUUUAACCUUUCAGGCAUGUCCCGAUACUAAAACUUGUCGCUGGCUCCCGGCCGUUACAUUCUUUCUGUAAUUUUUGGCUCUGUGAUAUGUUUCUGUUGACGUACUUCUAAAGAUUUUAUGAGUUCCCGCAAUGUAACGCCGUCGCAGUGACGAGCGGACGUAAAACGGCCUGCACUUAUAGGAUUCGAAGCCUUUUUAUAUUAUAAUCGGUGAAAGGGAUUUUUAUAUUAUACAUAUACAUAUUUGAACAUAGAAUAAUAUAUCUUUAUUUAUCUUUUAUUAUUUAAAUGCUUAAGCCAUAGAUAAAACGACGUUCCGUAGCACGUAAAGCGGGGUGGGGGUCGCGGCGGUGUGUCGAAAAAAAAAUGUGCAAUAAAUUCGCUCUUGGGGGGAGGCUAGCCUCAGUUCGGCCAAAUCUAGUCGAGCGGUUGCAAUAUUUAAAACUUGGAGAGAAUACCGUUUAUUCGAAACGCGGCGGGUUUGAAUUUUAACUUUAUUCCAUUGCACUUGACAUUUGACAGACGUUUGUCGCGCGAGUUUUAGGUUAUGAUGUUUCGAACUGGAGAUGGACGUUUGAUUGGUUCUAAAGGCUCUUAUUAAAAUACUUUUAAAAAAACAGUAAUAACGAGCGUUCAAAUAAAAACGUGGUCAAGUUGGUUCUGAA